CGUGUGGCAUGCAGGGUGCCCGAACGUCAUCACGCUGCGAACGUACGUCCGGAUGGUGGCUAGUAACCCGGAAGUGUUGCCAUGGCGGCAGCUGCGGACCCGCUCAGCAGCCUGGUCUCGGUGCUGGAGUCGUACCGGGGCCGCGACCGAGUGAUCCGGACCCUGUGCUAUGGCUGCCAGCUGGCCGGGGGGGUCCUGGCCCGGAAAAGCCCCACGGAGUCAGAGAUGGGCAGGAGGCUCCUGGCUGUGUCGGCCCAGCUGAGCCACUGCCGGACGGUGCUGCGCCUCUUUGACGAUCUCGCCAUGCUCGCCUACAGCCGCCAGUACGGGCUGGGUGCCAAGACUAGCGUCGUGACCAUGUCCGUCAGCAGUCACGAGCACCGCAAGUCCCGCUCCAGUUCCGGCUCCAUGAACAUCCAACUCUUCCACAAGCCGGGCCAUGCCGACAGCCUCCUGACCCAGCUCAACCUCCUGCGCCAGCGGCGUCUCUUCACUGACGUGGUGCUGCGGGCGGGGAACCAAGCCUUCCACUGCCACCGGGCCGUGCUGGCCUCCUGCAGCCGGUACUUCGAUGCCAUGUUCAGCGGGGGGCUGAAGGAAAGCAAAGACGCGGAAGUCAACUUCCACAAUUCCCUGCACCCGGAGGUGCUGGAGCUGCUGCUGGACUACGUCUACUCGGCCCGGGUGUUGAUCAACGAGGAGAACGCGGAGUCCCUGCUGGAGGCGGGGGACAUGCUGCAGUUCCAGGACAUCCGCGACGCCUCGGCCGACUUUCUGGAGAAAAACCUGCACCCGGCCAACUGCCUGAACAUGCUGCUGCUGUCGUACGCCCACUGCUGUGAGAGGCUCCUGGAGCUGUCCUGGAGGAUGGCGCUGGCCAACUUCGCGUCUCUCUACCAGACUGACGACUUCCUGCGGCUGCCCAAAGACAAGCUGCUGGAGCUGGUGGAGAGCGAGGAGCUGGAGGUGGAGGACGAGAGCCUGGUGUACGAGGCGGUCAUCGGCUGGAUCCGGUACGACUUGCCGCAGCGGCACGAGGACUUGCCAGAGCUGUUGCGCUCGGUCCGCCUGGCCCUCCUGCCAGAGUCUUACCUGCGGAACCAGGUGGCCUCCGAGGAGCUGGUGACUAGCCACAAGCUGGGAGGGGAGAUCGUGGCCGACGCCGUGCGCUGCAAGAUGAAGAUCCUUCAGAACGAGGGGCUGGUGACGGGUUUCUGUGCCCAGCCCCGGAAGGUCAGCCAGGCCCUGCUGUUGCUCGGGGGCCAGACGUUCGUGUGUGACAAAAUCUACGUGGUUGACCGUCAAACGAGCGAGAUCAUCCCCCGCACCGACAUCCCAAGCCCACGCAAGGAGUGCAGCGCCUGUGCCCUCGGCUGCAAAGUGUACGUCACCGGCGGCAAGGGCUCUGAGAACGGCGCCUCCAAAGACGUCUGGGUUUACGACACUCUCCAUGAUGAGUGGGCGAAAGCUGCGCCCAUGCUGGUGGCCCGGUUUGGCCAUGGCUCUGCUGAGCUGGACCACUGUCUCUAUGUGGUCGGAGGCCACACAGCGGUGAGCGGCUCCUUCCCAGCUUCGCCCUCCGUCUCUCUCAAGCAGGUCGAACACUAUGACCCCCAGUCGGACAAGUGGUCCCUGGUGGCCCCUCUCCGGGAGGGCGUGAGCAACGCUGCUGUGGUGGGGGCCAAAAGGAAGCUGUUUGUCUUUGGUGGCACCAGCGUGAACCAGGAGAAGCUGCCCAAAGUGCAGUGCUUCGACCCUGGCCAGAACCGCUGGACGGUACCUGCCAGCUGUCCCCAGCCCUGGCGCUACACGGCUGCUGCCGUAGUGGGCAACCACGUGAUCGUGAUCGGGGGAGACACGGAGUUCUCGGCCAGCUCCGCAUACCGUUUCCACAGCGACACCUACCAGUGGUCCAAAUUCGGGGACGUGACUGCUAAACGCAUCAGCUGUCGCGCGGUCACAUCUGGGAACAGGCUGUACGUGGUAGGGGGCUAUUGCGGGGCCCAACGCUGCAAAACUCUGGACUGCUACGACCCCUCCUCCGACACCUGGAGCAGCGUCACUACCGUGCCCUACUCGCUCAUCCCCACUGCCUUCGUCAGCACUUGGAAAUACCUGUCUGCCUGAGCCUUGCCCCGGGACUGGAACGGUUUCACCAGGAGCAACAAGUUUCAUGUUCCACUUCACCAAGAAUCGGCACGCAAGACCUGGGCAGAAGAGCACAACCUAUCAAGUCAUGGGGAUGCCCCACAAUCCAGUCCUCCUUCCCGCUGGACAUGGAACCCAUCAGCACCAGGCAUGCAGGGCAGGGCAGGACAGUCCCCUUGGGUGUCCAUUACUGGUUGCAAAGUCACAUUGGUUUCGGAGGGCUUAGGAUAGAUUCUAAAGGGAGCUUGGUGGGCAAAGCUCCAGCCAGGCUGGCUGCCCGGCUCUCCCUGGAGAAGCUGAUGGGGAAGGACAGAUUUUCCAUUCUUGCCCUUUCAUGCAAGGGAUCUCCUAGCAGGAGCUGGGGGGAUGUAGUCCUUUUCCUUUACAGACAUUGUCAAUGCAGGCAGCAGCCUAAGAAGGGAGGAUCCCUUUGUGUUUCCCACAGCUGCCCCUGCACAGCCAGUAACGCCUGCUGUCACCGGGCUCUGCAGCACUUUGGGAGGCAGGUGGCUGUGUCACAGCUGCGAGUGAGCAAAGCAGUAUUUCCAAUGGAACACUUGUUCACUGGCAGGGACAGAACAAGAUUCCUAGCCAGGAGCAGCUGGCCUCUGGGUUCUGUGGCAGCACCAGUGACAAGUGCAUGAAAUGUCUUAACACUUUGUCAAGGGCCCCCGAGCUAGUUCUGUACCAUGUUUUUUAUACAGCAGCCUGGAGCUGCUUCAAUAAACCAUAAUAAAACCCA